AUGGCCUCAGAUGGCACAAAUGACCAGCUCCCCAUCGAUGCUGUUGCAGAUUGCACCAGACAAGCUCAAAGAGAUGGAAUCUUCGCCGGAGUUUCCGCUGGUCUAGUCGGCACUAUCUUGGGCUCCAGGCUUUUCCGGUUCAAUAGGAACACCACCAUCCUCUGCGGGAUUGUAACGGGAGUGCUUUCCGGGUAUCAAUUCACCCAAGCGUUUCUGUCCUCUAACCUUGCUCGACUGAAAGCGGAGCAUGCUAAGCGGCAAACCAGGGGCGACAGCGACUCGUUCAUUGGGGACGAGUAA